AUGAUAUGCAUAAUAGUUUACAUAACAUUUUCCGUAUUCAAUGGCAUUCACUGCGAUAUACAAAACAACUCCAGUUCCCUAUCAAAUGAGAUAAACAAAGUGCCGGAGCUCUUCACGCCCCUCCAGAUCAGGAACGUUACCCUCAGGAACCGGAUAUGUGUGACCCCUAUGUCCAUGUAUAGCAGUGUGGACGGUAUGGCCAGUGACUUCCACUUCGGACACCUCCAGUCGUUUGCAUUGGGAGGGGCAGCCCUUGUCAUGACUGAGGCCACGGCUGUCGCACCGGACGGUAGGAUUAGCCCCAAAGACAGUGGUCUCUGGAAAGACCAACACAUCCCUCCAUUUGCGCGGAUUGUCCAACAAAUCAAGACUUUUGGUGCCGUUCCGGGCGUACAGUUAGGACACGCCGGCAGGAAAGGACCCAGUCCUCUGGCCUAUGGAAAUCAUAUCUGGAAAGUACCCAAAGAGGCCACUCUUGAAGACUUGCAAACCGUUAGGAAAGCCUUUGUGUCGGCCGCUGGACGAGCUGUUAGAGCCGGCUUUGAGAUACUUGAGCUACACUUUGGAAAUGGAUAUCUAGUCCACCAAUUCCUAUCCCCCAUCACUAACAAGCGGACAGACAGUUAUGGGGGAAGUCUGGAGAACCGGAUGCGUUUGGCGCUGGAAAUAGCCGGUGCGGUCAGACAGGUAUUACCCGAGACCGUGGUAUUGGGUGUGAGGGUAUCGGUGAGUGAUUUGGUGUCCAACGGCUGGGAUAUCCCGCAGACCAUAGAGUUGGCCAAAGAGCUGAAGAAACUGGGGGUCGACUUCUUGUCGUGUAGUUCCGGACAGUUGGUGCCCAGGACUCAGACCAAUGGUAUGAAUAAAUACGUGUUUCAAGUGCCGUCGGCCGGCCUUAUCAACCGACUGUCCGGUAUUAUGACGGCAGCCGUCGGACAGAUAAUUGAUCCGAAAUACGCCGAAAAGAUAGUGAAGGAUAAGACGGCUUCGCUGGUAAUGAUAGGCCGGGCGAUGCUAAACAACCCCCACUGGCCCUACCACGCGGCUGACGUGUUGGGAGCACCUAAUAGUGUACAAUACCCGGAUCAGUACGGCUAUGUGGUCGGAGAUAAGGAGUGGAGAGAUUUGUUGCUGGAUAAUUCUCGCAAAUAA